UAUGCAAGUGAAUCGAGAUAACCAAUAGAAAUGAACCACAUGUAUAGGAAAGUCGAUUCUAGUCAGUCGUUCUUGUUGUACGGUAAACGUCAUAAGAAAAAGGAUGAUAAAGUUUAAUAAGGAAAUUAAGUUUUCGAUAUAUUAUUAUUUUAAUAAAAGAUGCCACCAUUUAGCACCACAGAGAAUUAUAUAUUUUGCACAAAGUCCGCUUACGUGAAGAGUGUGAAAAAAAAUGAUGUAGACGAUAUGACACCGAAUCGGUUAAUCGUGUUUCUUGUCUUCGUAUCAGGGAUUGCAGUCGCCGUUAUUGGUACAUUGUUAACGCAAUAUAUAUGUGGAUUGUCGACAGAUUUUACAGGACAGGAGUUCCAUCAUGUAUUUUCACCAUUGCCUUCGGAAGGCAUUUUGAAUGUUUAUGAUGAAGCUGCAAUGAGUAUUAUAUUACGACCAUCUGAAACAGAAAAUUCUGAGAUAGAAAGAACAGCUGCAUCUACGGCUGAAGCACUAUCGUCCUUACAUUUAGCAUUAGAGAUGAAGCUUUCUGGAAAACAGAAAAAAGCUAUCAAAUUAUUCCAACACGCUGUAGUGUUAGCACCGCAUCAUCCAGAUGUUCUAAAUCAUUAUGGAGAGUUUUUGGAACAUAUGCAAAAUGAUGUUAUCAAAGCCAAUGAGUUUUAUAUACGUGCCUUAAGUUAUCAACCAAAUCAUAAAAGUGCCUUAAUCAACAGCCAAAGAACUGCACGCGUUGUUGAAGAACUAGAUAGGAAAUUUUUAAGACGUAUUGAUCAAAAAAGAAAUGCAUUAUCUGCCAUACCAGAUAAUAAUGCUGCAUUAAUACGAGCUAAGAAGGAAGCUUACUUUCAACAUAUUUAUCAUACAGUGGGCAUAGAAGGAAAUACCAUGAACUUAGCACAAACAAGAGCCAUUGUUGAAACAAGAAUUGUUGUUGCUGGAAAAAGUAUUGAUGAACACAAUGAAAUACUUGGAUUAGAUGCUGCUAUGAAAUAUAUCAAUGCUACAUUAGUUAAUAAAUUGAACGCUCCAGACUGGAAUGCUUAUAAUACAGCUUGCUGCGGUACUGAGAGUGAUCAAACGUUCCAAACAGUAGGAUCAAUCUCUAUAAAAGAUAUAUUAGAAAUACAUAGGCGAGUUUUAGGACACGUAGAUCCUGUCGAAGGCGGACGAUUUCGACGUACACAAGUUUAUGUAGGUGGACACGUACCUCCAGGCCCUGACGAUAUUCAUUACCUUAUGGAAGAAUUUGCUUUGUGGCUAAAUAGUGAGAGAGCUAUCAGAAUGCAUCCAGUAAGGUAUGCAGCUCUUGCCCAUUAUAAAUUAGUGCAUAUACAUCCAUUUUCUGAUGGUAAUGGUAGAACAUCCCGUUUAUUAAUGAAUAUGAUUCUUAUGCAAGCUGGAUAUCCUCCAGUCAUUAUUCAGAAACAACAUCGUCAUAAGUAUUAUGAAAAUUUGCAAAUCGCUAAUAGUGGCGAUGUUAGGCCAUUUGUUAGAUUUAUAGCCGAAUGUACGGAACAAACAUUAGAUUUAUUUUUAUGGGCCACUAGUGAAUUUUCUCGGCAAGUCCCAGCCUUAAGCCAAGAUAUUUUAUUUACAGAAAAGCAAAACACAAUUAUAUUAGAAGAUGAGAGUAGUGGUGAUUUUGAGGACGAUUAAAAAAUGAAACCAAAGUUAUUAGAUAAAAUGUAAAAACCGUAUGCCAAAGAUUAUAUUAGAAUUUUGUAUUUUGAAUCAUCAAAUCAUUAAUCUUAUUUAAAUAUGAACGUCUGCAUGGUAUAGUCUUAUUCUAUCAAUUGUUCCCAUUGCAAUGCAGAGGCAGUAAGUUUAUAUUGUUAAAAAUUAGAACUAACAUGUCGAUAAAGUCUUGCCAAAACAUUUUUUGUCUGUCAAACACUUCUAAAAUAGUUUUAUAUCUUGUAGAAAAGUUACGACUAUAUUUGUGGAGACGAAAUUAUUAAAGUGAUUUAUUUAUACUUCAGUAUUGUUCUAAUACAAACAUGUUUGUAAUAUUUUAAACUGUUUGUUGAUAGAAAUUUCUUCCAUGCGUUCUGUUGACUCUUGUAUAAAUUUAAUGUAAUAUUUCAAUUGUGUACAUAGUACAGAUUUCAAUUCAAAUCUAAAGCUGUGAUGCAAUAAUGUAAAAAAUUUAUGUAAGAUAUACGUUUUAAAAACAAA